UUUUUUCUAAAGGGGAAUUCCCAAUAACUUCUGUGUGAUUGUUGUUGUUGUGGUAACACGUAUUGUCUUACAAUAAACCUUGUGAAUAUUCCUUGGAAAAACAGCAGUGUAAUUCUUUGCUUAGCCCAUAUAUAACCGCAUAUUACCCUUAACAUUGUAGUCAUACUUCACGCCACCCAAAAUUUUGUGCACUAUUUUUAUCCAGUUUAGGUCAUACUCUGUAUCUUUGCAAUAUUUCAACUUUUCAGUUUGUGUUUAGUCAGGAAUCAUUAAAACCACUACACGCUAUAUGGUUAGUAUCACAACCCCCUUUUACAUGCUAAUGUGAUUUAUAAAAUAAGAGAUUAGUAGUUGAUGGUCUAAGGUAUAAUAGGUAUUCUGAGCAUUAUUAGUUGAGACACACAGCAUAAUUUGUUUUACCGCUAAGAAACCGGAAUAGUUACUCAAGAGUUACUAUGGGUCGUAAAUGAAUUUUCUGCAGUCAGAAUAUGACCGAGAGUUUUGAUUGGUUAAUUUUUUUGUCCUUUACUCACGUGAUCAUUAUCAGAAAAUCCUUUGUUUGAGCACGAACGGAUCACUAACCCGAGCAAAUAUACUAGUACAUUAUAAAACGGUGCUGGUUUGUGUUUAUUUAAUUUGGGGUUUGCUCCUAGAAUUUAGAAUUUUAGGGAAUUGCUUUGACACAUUUGCCUCUAAGCUUUCGUUUAAGAGAAACCAAAUGUUGAUAUCCUCGAAGAAAGCUUAGUUAAUUGGACUAGGGUAUUCUGGGUAUUCUAGGUUUCUUAUAAAGAAAAUGUCUUGAUUUAUCAUAGGUUUAAAUAAGUAAACAGAGGAUUUACCACUACAAUUACAAGUAUGGGAAACUUUUUUGGGAGGAGACUAAAGAAGGACAAUGCCAAACUUAGGGAAGAGAAUCAAAAAUUAAAGAAUAAGCUUAAUGAAGCCAAAAAGAAACAAAAACAAAUGGAAAAUUUAAUUGCACAAGUCAGAGAAAAUGAUAUCAAACAGAAAAAAGCUACUGCUUCAAGGUUUCCCGGACGAAAAAUGCGGCCAUCACGUAGUUUUGACGAGAUCCGAGUUAUGCAACGGGCAGUCGUGUCCCAGAUUGAGGAGGUCGACGAACUGCUAUUUUGUAGUGAAGAUUCUCCAUCCCGAUUUCCACAGCAGCUGCCUAGACCACGAUUUUAUCGAGACCAAGAGAUGCUGGCAUUGGAUGGUUAUAACAACCCAUUGUUACCAUAUACAGGCGAAAAUUUUGGUUCGGUUGAUGCCAAAAGCAUUGGUAUUGAGGUGCCACACUUAGGUAGCAGGAGUUGUGCCAUACCUGUGCCAAACUCAGAUCCUGUUCAUCGAAGAUUCCUACCGGAGCCCUCACUAACGCCAAGUCAGCAGAGCUACAUCAAUAUGAGAAAACCAAUAGCAGAUUCGUUCGAUGUCACUUAUCGUGGAAAUACCGAUUUGAUACAAAAAACAGUGAGGCAGUCAAGAGAGAAGCUCAAAGAAAGAGACAAACAUGAUCAAACACUCUUCCACUACACUGCAAGAAGAGAAAAAAAUGACCUACUUCGAUAUUUGUUGCUAUUGGACACAGACUUAACAGUGAACAAUGUGGACACUUGGGGCAAAACAGCUUUACACUGGGCUUCGGAAAUGGGGCAUACUGAAACAGUGCGAAUCUUGGUGAGUUUUGAUGCAGAUCAAACGAUUUCUGAUCAUAAUGGAUGUUUACCAUGUGAUGUAAUCUGCAGAGUUAUGGGAAGCCAUGCGGAUAGAGAAGAAAUACAAAGAAUAUUACAGCCCCAAUACAGCACCUCCAUUAAUUCGUAAAAAGGCUAAAUAUACGUACAAGUAAAAUGUAAAAGUUGAUCCAUGCAUGCAGUAAAUUCACAUGAUGAAAAGAGUGUCUUUACGAGAAGAAAAUGUUUGUGGUUUUCGGGUAAAUUCGUAAAAGUUUUGUUCCCGCAAAAAGUAUAGUCAAUUUCAAGUUGUUUCAUUUCCGCAAAAUUUUCAAAUUAGAAAUUGUCGCUGAGAAUUUCACUGGACAACACAAAAUUCGUAAAACUAAUCAGGAUUAGCUAACAGAAAUUCUGCAAGAUGCAACUGAUUUUCCCCGGAAAAAUUUUUUAAUUUUGCGAAACAGCGGCAGUAUUUUCCCCAAAAAUGGAAAAAUCUACUAAAGUACUAAAAGAGCAGUAAAAACACCAGUUUAAUAAUUAACCUUUCACAUCAAUACCUAAAGGGAAGAAACUUUUACGGAAAUUUCUUGCGCAAAAUUUAUAUUUGUGAUGUUGGAAUCUAUUAGCAAAUAUAUGUUCUGUAUGAUUGCACUUUAAAAAGCAAUUCGUAAG